AUGAAGACUUUUGCAGUGAUAUUUGCAUUCAUAUUAACACUUUCUUUGAUAUUUAUUACCGAUGCACUUGAAGAAGAAGAAAGUCUCAACAAUGGGAUGAAAAAACGACUUUUAGAUUAUUUAGUUGAAGCUAAACGAGAAGAAUUACUUUACAAUCAACAAAAACGUUUAAAAGAUCAAAUCGAACAACUUCGAGAACGUUUGUUCGAUGUUGAGAGAGACGAUGACAGUGAUAAUUUCAAAAGAAUAAAUACUCGCGAAAAACAUAUUAAUGAAUAUCUCCCAUUUAAAUAA